AUAGGAUACAGGAAAGAAUACAGAUGUUAGAAAAAAAUAUUCCCUUCUCUGCUUCGACACGCUGGCAAUACACUGAAGAUUUUAAGUAUGGAAUUGCUGAAAGGUAUCCUUAAAAUUGCAUACAAUAUAUACAGUCUGCAUGAAAAAGCCAGCUGCAACAAGAAGCAAUGCUACCGCUUGAAAAAAAGGAUCGAGCUCCUUAUGGUGCCUGUGGAAAAGCUGACUAAUCAGGCAAAAGUGCACAAGGACCACAAUGACAUUUUGCAACAACUACUGUGUACCAUGAACAAUGCAGAAUCAUGGAUACAAAAAUACUCCAAUCGAGUGUGGUUUCUAAAGUUUAUCAAAGCCAACAAGAUUAAAGAAGAGUUUGCGCUUAUCAAUGAUAGGCUGAGGGAUGCUGCUGAAGCCUUGAUUAUGCUAACAUCAGUGGAACACUCUCAAAAUUUUCUAAAAUAUUUUAAUGAAAAAGAGUGGAAAAAACAGAAUUUUAAAGCUAUUGAAGAAGAUAUAAAUGAUAUAAAAGAAUACUUAAAAAAUGAGCUGGACUCAGUAGCAAAAAAGGUUGUCGAUGUGGCUGACAAAAUGGACUCCGUGGACAAUAAAGUUGAUGAUAUGGCUACUAAAAUGGACAGACUUGAAGAACUAUACAAAAAAGUUGAAGCACAAUUGUUGUCAGGAAUCCGCAUGCCAUGGAAUCCUAAAAUAAUUCAAGCUACAGAUCUGGUUCAAGGAGAGUUGUUGAUGGAGACUCGCAGCUAUUUCCUUUAUAGAGGAGAUUACCAUAAGAGUCCAGUUACUAUAAAAGUGUUAAAAGGAGAGCUGAGCGAAGACAAUGUACCAAUAAGAAGAUCAUUUGAAAGUGACUGUAAUACUAUGGAGAAAUUUGAAUGCCUGAAUAUCGUGCGUCUGUAUGGCAUCUGUAUCGAUAAUUCACAGAGUGAGCCGUGCUACUCGCUGGUGGCUGAGUUCUGUGAAAAGGGGACUCUCAGAGAGCUACUGAGCAAAGAGAAGGACCUCUCUUGGAAUCAGCGUAUUCUUAUGGCACUGGAUGCUGCAAGGGCAUUGUAUAGGUUGCAUCAGUCUGAGCUUAAAACUGUUCUUUAUGGAAAUCUAAGCAGCUCCAAAUUCCUAGUGGAUGGAAAAUACUGUUUAAAGCUUUAUGGGUUUGGGCUUUCAAAGACUGAAUCUUCCAUGAGGCGCAGUUAUAAUGUGAAGAAGCGGGAGAAGAACACAGAAUGGAUGUACACUGCUCCUGAAACCUUAAAGGACAUCAAUGCAUAUGAUAAGCAUAGUGAGAUUUACAGUUUAGGAGUUGUGUUUUAUGAGAUUGCAUCUGGCAAAUUCCCAUUACAGGGGCUGCCUGUCUCAGAAAAGGUGGAUAAACUAUACGACCUGCUGUCUGCAGAGGUGGAAAUGGAACUUGCUCUUGAUUGCCCAACAAUCUUAAAAGAUCUUAUCAAGAAGACAAGGGAUAUCAAUCCAAAGAAUCGCCCGUCUGCUGGAGCUGUUGUGGAUCUGCUGCUAAAUCACUUAAACAAGGAAGCAAACCAUGAAUGAAAACUAACAUCUAAUGCAACGACAAAGGCUCUGCAAAGAGAUAUAUGCAUUCUUUUUUAAGUAAAGAAAGAAUUUCAAUUACAAA